CAGAGCAGGACCAAAGUCCAUCUGGACACAGCGAGAAAACAAAUGAGGUGAAUGCCAGUGAGGCUCAUUCAGCAGAAUGGUGGGAGAGACACGUUUGUUAAAGAGAAGGGUUAAGUCUUAAUGUUAUUAUAGCCGUAUUAUGGGUAGUAGUGUGAGAAGCUCAGAAGAAAUGGUUGGACAAAAUAUGGCUUCAUGAGGAAUUUCAGAUGGUGAGUAACAUUUUGGGGAGGUGGAGGACGGGAUGGUGUGCCUCAGUGGCAAAGAGCCUUUCGUCUAAUCAUGCACUGAAGCCCCUGGUUCCCACCCUGUGCCUGGUGCUUGUGGUGAUAUACAGCCUGGCAGACAAGCUCCGAAACUUUGUGGCCGGCAUCUUCAUCCCUCAGUACCACUACCCCUAUGCUGUGGCUCUCUGCUUUGCCCAGGUUCUGGUCUCUCUCCUUGUCUUAAAUCUCCUCCAUGUGGUAGAUCUGGUGCCUCUGAAGCAUUACUCCAGUUCGCUGGGUGAGAGGCUGCUGGUGCCUUCUAUCUGUAACAGCGUCCACGCUGUUCUCGCCAUGUGGGCGAAGGCGAGCAGCUCGUACGCUGGCCUCUUCCCGCUCUUGCUGCCUCUGCUGCCCAUGGUAACAGUGGCCUUGAGUUUCUCGCAGAAGCUGGCAUCACCUCCAUCAAUCCACAGCUCUGUUCUGAUUUCCAUCCUGGGUGGGACAUCUUUUGUCAUCACAGCGUCUCAGGGUCUGUCAGGUGUGGAGCCUCUGGAGUACAUGUACGCACCUCUGGCUUUAAUCCUCCACAGUCUGUCCCUGACUUGGCUUGCUAAAGUGUCCGAGGCUGAGCGCCACCACUCUCCCAACACCCAGGCCUCCAUGUUUGACAUCUACUACACCCAGCUGGUCAACCAGAGCUGGGUGCUGGGCCUCCUGUGGCUGCUGCACCCACACGGUCCCUGGCAGGUGUUGAGCCACGGCAGCUGGCAAAGCCUGCUCUUUCACGGGUAUCUGCUCGCCAUUCUCCUGCUGGGGAUGGUGCUGAACUUCCUGGUCAGUAUGUCAGCUUUGUGUGUCUCACCGCUUGCUGCUUCAAUGCUGCACUCUGCACGGCAGGUCGUGCAGCCGUUCCUGCAGCUGCUGUAGUUUCACUCGAAUGAAGUGGGAACGGUGAUUGACUGUUUUAUACUGUAACAGCGCAGCAUACAUACACUCAUUGUAAUCAAUAACCACACUAUCAUUUUAUUUUAUGAAAAUACCAAGUUAUAUCACCUUCUUAUCUCCAUUGACAGUAACCUGUCCUACUGAGCCACUAAGACAAACUUCAGCAGAAGCAACGCACAUUACAUUGUAACCAUGAUAGCAAAUGUAUAAUAAGCAAAUGAUUUACAGCUGGGGCCAAGUGUAUUAACAAAGACCAGUUUCUUUUGUUAACCAGUACUCAGCUGACAGGUCAAAAUUCCCUCAUUUGGAAAUGAGAUAAAUUACUUUUCAACAUUGUUGCAUUACUUUUUUACUUUAACGACCCUGUAGUCCACAUUCCCUUAAUACUUUUUCAAUGUUGUCACUUACAUUGUUGCAAGGACUUUAAGGAUUUUUGUUUGUAAAAUAUUUGCCACGUUGAGACAAAUUCAGAGAACUGAAAAUCUGUAAUGGACAGGACAGAGUAUAAACAUGACCAAACCCAGUAAACAAAGAUCACCCUGUUCCUGUCAGGGAAAGAACAUUAGGUGAUUUUUAAAAAGAUGAUAGAUAGACUAUGGCCUUAAUGGGAGAGCAGAGGUUUCAAACCAGCGAA